AUGGCACGCAAGAGUCGCAAGAAGGGAAGGGCAAAUGACGGCAGUCAAGAGCCAGGCAGCUCGACCUCCCUUCCACUGACAGAGAAGCAUCACAGAGGUGCCCACAAGGCCUACCAAAACCUGCUGGGCGAGGCUCAAGCACAAGCACGCACAGAGGCUCAGCAAACACUCCACUACGAGUUGGAAGUCGGUCGCGCAGGGCUGAAGCGCAAGCUUGAAGAAGAAGCUGAGACCGGUCGCGCAGAGCUGAAGCGCAAGCUUGGAGGAGAAUAA